AUGUACCAGGAUAGGCAUGAAGGCAGCAGCGGCAUGAGGAUGGUAUCAGAUGUACAGAACAUGUUGCUGUCCAUACCUGGAUUAAAUGAAUAUGUUACAGAUUCUAAGGCAUCAGAAGAACCUGAAGGAACCUUUGCCAAGAUAAUCAAGGUCAACAAAGAAAAUGACAUAAACUUACAUCAAGGUGACAUGUUGGAAACAACUGGACGCAGUGCUACGUCCUGCACAGGGUGCUUGUGGCCCAAAUCUGCCAAUGGGACGGUCAAUGUGCCUUAUUCGUUUGCCUCCAAUUAUAGUAUUGGGAGCCUCAACUUGUUUAAGACAUCAAUGGAGGAAUUUGAAACCCUCACCUGUGUGAGGUUUGUGCCUCGGACAACAGAGAAAGACUACCUCAAUAUUAUGACUUCAAGGGGAUGUGCAUCAUUUGUGGGCCGGAUAGGUGGAGGUCAGAUGGUUGCAGUAGACAUGGCUGGCUGUAUGUACAGAGGAAUUGUACAGCAUGAGCUAAACCAUGCCCUGGGGUUCUACCAUGAGCAUACAAGGAGUGACCGGGAUAACUAUGUCACCAUCAUGUACCAGUACAUAUCACCAGGUCAAGUUAUAAAUUUUAAUAAACAAAACACCAACAACCUUGGGCUUGAGUAUGACUAUAAAUCAGUGAUGCAUUAUGACAGUUUCGCUUUCUCAAACACAUCAGGACAACCCACCAUUGUGACCAUACCGGUCCUAAACAUCCCAAUUGGGCAAAUAAAUGGACUGAGUGUUCUAGAUGUCUCUAAAAUCAACCGGUUGUAUCAAUGCAAUGCCUGUGCUUAUUUACUUAAUGAAAAGAAUGGAAGUCUAACCUCUGCCAACUACCCAUCAGCCUACCCCAAUAAUGCUAGCUGUGUUUGGCUGAUCAGAACACCAUCAGAUCAGGUUACAUUGAACUUUGUUGCCUUUGAUGUCCAGUCGUCACCCAAUUGUAUAUCUGACUAUAUUAGGAUUUAUGAUGGUCCCACUAAGAAAGAUCCCCUGUUGUUGGACAGAACUUGUGGGACUGGGUUGAUUCCUCAAAUUAUUGCCUCUACUAACCAGUUACUGGUUGAGUUUUCCAGUGACAGCAGUGUUGCUGGAGUAGGCUUUAAAGCCACAUACAGCACAGUGCAAUGUGGAGGAGCGUUCUAUGCACCGGAAAGAAACUUUACAUCCCCUGGUUACCCCAAUUCCUACCGCCCAAACAUGAAUUGCAUCUACACCAUUACAGCUCCUGUUGGAAAGAAGAUUUCCUUCAAGGUUGCUGAUUUUCAGACAGAGGCUAGUCAGUACUGCAUCUAUGACUAUUUAGAGAUCCAGGAUGGGUCCAACUGGAAGGGUCCAUUCUGUGGGAACUAUAAAAUCCCUUCCUUUACCUCUCAAGGCAAUUCACUGUGGCUGAGAUUUGUUAGUGAUGGCAGCAAUCAGUUUAGAGGCUUCCAGGCAUCAUAUAAAUUUGGUCAAUUUCGUAGGCUUAAAAGGAAUUGUACAGAAGAAGCUAGAUUUGAGGAAGAAGCCGUCAAAAUGAGACUUCAAUUUUUAGAGAAGAAAUAUCCAACUUCUGUCUUAGAUGAAUCUCUAAAUAAAGUGAGAACUCUUGAAAGAAAGUCAUUUUUUGAAAUAAAAGGGCCAGUAGUGACAUCUGGGGAUCCCAAGAUUGAUAUCAAAAUGAUUCUACCGUUUAGUAGUAAUUACAAGAAGAUCAAGAGCAUCAUAACAAAGCAUUGUUUUAAGCAUAUUAAUGUUGUCAAUGUUUUUAUCGAUAAUAUUAUGUCAUUUUGA